AAACUUACAGAUUAAAAAAAAAAAAAGGGAAUGCACUGCCUACCACAGGAUGGUGCACUGUAAUAGCAAAGGGCAUCAUCUUUUUUGGAGGCAACACACUUACUGAUUUUUUGUUAACCCAGCAUACCAAACAGGAGAAGUGGGACUGUUCAGAAUCCAUCCAUACAGAAUAAGAACAGAUACCGAGAAUGACACCCGGCAUCCAGGACAGGAAAAAUGGGACUGGGCAGAGUCCAUACAUACAGAAUAAGAACAGAUACCGAGAAUUCCACCCAGCAUCCAGGACAGGAGAAGUGGGACUGUGCAGAGUCUAUCCAUACAGAAUAAGAACAGAUACUGAGAAUUACACCCGGCAUCCAGGACAGGAGAAGUGGGACUGUGCAGAGUCUAUCUAUACAGAAUAAGAACAGAUACAGAGAAUUACACCCGGCAUCCAGGACAGGAGAAGUGGGACUGUGCAGAGUCCAUACAUACAGAAUAAGGACAGAUAACGAGAAUUACACCGGG